UCCUCCUCCUCCUCCCAUUGCUUCCCUCGGAACCUCUCGCGAUUGGCUGUUAGCGACAUCCCCAAGAGUCAUUUGACAGACAGCUUGAUCUACCUAACCCUGGGAGACAAGACCCCCCCCCUUUUUUUUUUUCAUUCAGCAUUCAGCAGAAUUGCUUUUGAUUGAGGGAGGGGGAGUGUAUCAUCUCUGCCAGGCUUCCGCCAACAAAUGCUGAAGGGUUGCUGCUGUCUUACCUGCAGUUGCACAGGAGAGCAGGUGGGAUUGUAUUCACAGCCGAUGGGGGAGUGCAGGGGACCUGAGGAGAGAAGCCACCUCACCAGGAGGAACAGCAGAAGAAUGAAAGGGAAAUAACCAGGGCAUCUCACAGCCUCAGGAGGGAGAAGGAGAGCAUUCCAGUCCUGCAGUAAAGACCCUGUAUUUCACAGACCACACAACUCACUUCUACCCUUUACUAAAAGAGGAAGAAACCAGGAGAUGGAAAAUCAUUCCAAGGACUGAAGGCAUUAUCCUUGCUAUAUGAAAUGGCGCAGGUUGCUGGUUGUUGUUUUUAAGGAGCUUCCAGAAUACAAGAGCAACACUCCAUGACCUCCCUUUCAACAGAUCCAGUGGGCUGAACAUUUCUGCCAUGGACAAUUUCAACUUCACCACUACACUGAGUUCUUGGGAAGAGAACACAACAAUAUCUGUUUCUAAGAACAUUUCUCUAGCUACCACCCUCGGUGUGGAUGUCAGUGGUGUCCUUAUUCCUAUAGUAUACCUCAUUGUCUGUGUAGUAGGACUAGCUGGGAAUUCCUUGGUCAUCUAUGUGGUUUUGUGCCACUCAGUCAGUGAAUCUGUAACCAACGUCUACAUCUUCAACUUGGCACUGGCAGAUGAACUCUUUAUGCUUGGCCUUCCCUUCUUGGCUGCUCAAAAUGCAUUGUCUUAUUGGCCCUUUGGUUCAUUUAUGUGCCGGCUGGUCAUGGCUGUGGAUGCCACCAACCAAUUCACUAGUAUUUUUUGCCUGACUGUGAUGAGUGUUGACCGCUACUUGGCUGUGGUUCACCCUGUGAAAUCUUCAAAAUGGAGGACAGCACGAGUGGCCAAGGCAGUCAGUGCCACUGUCUGGGUACUCUCUUCAAUAGUUGUGCUGCCAGUAUUGGUGUUUUCAGAAGUCCCUCAGGGUAUGAACACAUGUCACAUUAAGUGGCCUGAGCCUGCAGCUGUAUGGCAAACUGGAUUCAUUAUCUACACAGCUACACUUGGCUUCUUUGGACCACUGCUGGUCAUUUGCCUAUGCUAUCUCCUUAUUGUUAUCAAGGUUCGAUCUUCAGGCAGGAAGGUACGAGCAGUGACAGCCAAGCGCAAGCUAUCUGAGCAGCGGGUCACACACAUGGUGGUAGCUGUAGUGGCUGUUUUUGUGCUCUGCUGGCUGCCUUUCUAUGUGCUCAAUAUCAUCAAUGUUAUAUGGACUUUGCCAGAGGAACCUUCUCUUUUUGGUAUCUACUUCCUUGUUGUAGUGCUGCCCUAUGCCAACAGCUGUGCUAAUCCCAUCAUCUAUGGCUUCCUCUCCUAUCGCUUCAAGCAGGGUUUCCGUAGGGCCCUCUUGAGGCCAUCCCGUCGAGUGCAGAGCCAAGAUGUAGCAGCAACUGCAGCAGGUAAGAUGGAAGAAGAGGAGGAGGAGGAGGAGGAAGAAGAAGAAAUGGAGGCAGAAACAAGCGAGAUCUGUAAGAUUGCCCAGAAUGGUAAUGGCAGACAAGAGUGUCGUUCCAUCAGUGGGUCUGGAAGAGGAAGUGAACAGAAGCAACUUCCUGAGGAACCUGUCAGCUGUGAGAAGCCCAGCAUCAUGAGCAUUAGCUACUUAUAAUGACUAGGAACUUUAUUCUCUUUGAAAUUCUCUGGCUAUGAAUCACACAGAGUAACAAGUAAAGGGAUUGCCCAUAAAUUAAGCUGUGUCUAAAGGGUUUAAGGAAGCCUGGAAGCAAUGUGGGUUGAUAAAUACCCAGCUCUGUUCUCCAAAGAAAGGUUCAAUAAUGAUUUCCACUGGCCACACCAGAAUCACAACUACUGCUGGGUAGGAGCAAAAGCUUUUGGAUUUGAUUUUAAAAAGGGACCUUCCCCGGCUGAACUGAGUUACUCUUCUAUAUACUUAUCUGCCUUUGACAGACAUUACUCUUCAAUGUAUACAUGUCAGCAUUUUAUAGUAAAAGGGGGUCAUUUAUUUAUUAUGGCUUUGUCGCCACACUAAGAAUCUGUCUCCUUGACUGUUUCUGAAGUUCAAUUUAUGAAUAAUUUAGCCACAUUUACACAAACAAGCAAAGCAAAAUAUCUUAAUACAGCCUUCCCCAAGCCAACACCCUGCUUAUGAGUAUGACUACAAUACCUGAAUUCACCAGGCAAUGAAAUCAGAAAGCAUGAGAUUUGGGGUGUAACACAUGGGAAUCUAGGAGGGAUAUAGGGUGCUCUUAUGUUCUUUUGGAAGACUGCCUAUCAAAAUACGGUUGGUUACUGUGUGCCAAAACGCUGAACUAGAAAGGUCUUCAGGCUGAUCCAGCUGAUAGAAAGGAUCAAGUUGAGGAAGGCUGCCUUAAGAGAAUUUUAAUGACACCAUGACUUUAAUUUUAUUUCUUAAGCAGGAUAGAUGUGGGGGUUUCUCUCCCCUAUAAAACUCUUAAAUUCAUUAAUUGAAUCCAAAAUAUUGGUAGUUGUCUGAGAGGAAAGAGAAAGGCAGAAGUAAAGUUCCUGGGUCUUUUAGGCCACAGUUCAUAGAACCCUGAUUCUGAGAGCUACAGUUCACAAAAGUAACUUUGCCAAACCUAGAAGACUAAGGAGUGAGGAAAGAGGAUCUUUCUGACUGCAUGCUUAGUGCAGGAAUACGUUGUGGAUGGAAGAACUGAUGUCAGUGCAGAAAUCUUUUAACACAAUGACAGUUGGUGCCUUGCCUGUGAGGUGAUGCAUCCAAAUUUAAAUCCAAGUUUUAAAGGAUCUUUCCAAGGCCUAUCUACACUGCCACAUAACACAGUUUGAAACUACAUUAUAUGCCAGUGUAGAUGGUGCCUGAAUUAUUAAACAUUAAUCUGAAAUAAAUUCAGUACCUUGGAUAGCUCUUUUAAACCUUCCUAAAUUCUUGGUGAAUUCAUCACUGUGCUGACAUGAAAGCCAUCGGCCACUAUUGUUUCCAUGUACAAAUCUACCCCUGUCUGUCACCAAACUUUCUUGAUUUUAAUGUCCUAAUUUAGGAGGAGGAGAAGAAAAGUUUCUCAUGUUUAUUGUUAAACUAUUGGGAAUCAGAAAUCCUUCUUGAUUUAUCACAAAUCACCCAGAGAUCUACCAAAAGAUCUUUAUUUACCAUUUUCCAAGCACAUCUUAGAGUCCACAUGAAGGGAGGGAAUUAUGGUUGGUUCCAUCUUCACUCAGCACUCCACCCUGCUGUGGGAGUAUAAUAAUGCAAACCUUCAACAUCAGCAUGUUGUAAGGAUGGCUGACUACAGAGGUGUGUGGGUACAGUUUGCCAAAUUCCAGUUGCCUUCAUAUAUGUUGGUCUGGAACUGCCAUCACCCUUAGCACACAUAACCAUGUUAUUUGGGGAUGAUUGUCAUUUUUGUUCAAUAUAUCUAGAUGGCAUCUCACAGUGAUCUAAAGCAAUGCAGAUCAAUCUAUCUGACUGGCAGGGUUGUUUUUUUCCCCUCCCAGGGUCCAUUUGUUUCUUUCCUGGAAGCUUAUCAAGGACUCACUAUUAAUGGCUGGACAGCUGGGAUCAGUCCAUCAACCACCACUUUUGUAGCACUGCUCUAUACUGCUGUCUCAUGCUAAAUACUGUAAUGAUCCUCCUUGCAGCUUUACAACAUAUGGAAUAUGUUUAAGAGGGGUUCUUUAAAUAUAACUUUCCUUUCAACAGCUUAUGGUUGCUGUACCCAUGUGGUAAGCAGUGAACAAGGCAGGAAGAGACACCUUGCCAUAUGUACUACCUAGCAUUUCAGAAGAGAGACCAGUUCUUCGG